AUGUUUAUUAUUGAUUUUAGUGUUAUUUAAAAUAUACGAAAUGGAACAUCGUUUACUUGCAGUUCAAGUUCUGCUCCUUCGAUUUUUGUUUGUUUAAUUUCAAAUUCCAACCAUUUGUGAGAUUUCAGUGUAAAUUUGUGUCCUGUUUUCUGUGUUUGCGAGUAAUUUAGUUAUUAAAACAAUAGUUCUAGUUAUGAUGUCGGAGUACUAUGAUCAUUAUCAUAGAUGGGAGCCACUAGCUGAAUUCCACUUUGCUAUAUCUGAUGAUAGUGCUGAUGAUGAUUAUAUUUACUGUUUAUGCAGUCGUGUAUUCUUGAGGGAUGGUUUGAAAACCUAUUUUGUCGAUAAGGGAGAUGCAAGUGAGAGUGAUGUAGAUGUACAAAGGGACUCGCAUUCCCAAGAAUGGGAGGACCAAUCUCAUGUCCAUUUUUCAUUGGAUACUUCCUACAAAGUUAAAUGUGAAAAAGAUGAAGGAGCCAGUUGCUAUUGCAGCGCUUCACACACAGAUAAUUACUGUUCCACUGACGAGCAUGACCCUGCACAAAUUCAUGGCACAGCAUCUCAUGCUUUACAGCCAAGCGACAGUGGCGCCGACCUCACAUAUCAAGAUUGCCAUUCAGACUACACAACCCUCAAUCAUGAAAAAAUGGACCAAGACUUCCCAUCACAAAACAUAGCUGAAUUCAAUGAAAACUAUUUAUCUGAAGAUAGUUGGGAACAGUUCUGGGCUAUCAAUGGUGAACGAAUCAUCUGGGCUUCUUGGAUAAAAAAAUACAGUGACUACAUCAACCCUGCCUAUUUAAAUGAAAAUAAUGAACUUAUCCUUGAUGAAAAUAACCUCCCAAAGCAGCAUUCAGCUGAUCAGAUUUUUACCACAGAAAAGACAGUUUUAAAUAAUGCAGAUGAGAGUUUGAGAGAAAGGAAGUUUUCUUACGAUUCAAAAGUUAAUCCGUAUAAGAAAAGUCAUAGUGAAACUGUAGAUAAGGCAAAUGUAAAUAGUGAAAAGGAUGAUUUGUGGAUGCCUAUGGCCCGGAAAAGGUCCUGUUCUGAACAUGACAGGAUUGUGAGUCCAAGAACAGUGAUUACAGGUACGGACUCUAUGACAAAUGUAACUAAAAUAACUCUAUCUAGUUAUGAUAUCACCUCUAGCCAUGUAACUUCAGAAUCAUCACCUACAGAGGACUAUAGUGUGUCCUCAUCGACUUCAGAUGAUCAGUCAAAUGAUCAGACUCGAAUAGCCAAUGUUAACGAAAGCAUAGACCAAACUGGAUCAGAGGAAUUAGAUACAGAAGAGUACUGGCAGUUUCUGUGGAAAAAACACUUUGGAGAACAAUAUGCAUUACAUUAUGCAAACUACAUUGAUUGUUACAAUAACCAAUGUAAAGAUUUGCCAGCAAUCAAUGUUGAAACAGUUCUGGAAGCUAUUAUACCUGAAGAAAAGGUAGUUGAUAUAGAAUGUGAGAACAGUGAAGGGAAUUCACAAGAAAUGCCAACAAUAAUAGAAGUUAAGGAGGUUGAAGAAAAAGUUGAUAAGAUUAAGUUAGAUGAUAAGAGUAAUAAGCCAAAAAAAAGGAGCAAGAAAGUUAGUAAUCGAUACAUGGGUUCUGUUGGAGUGUUAUUACAGAAUUUACUAAAAGAGGAGCAGAGAAAAAGUGAAUUGGAUGAGGUUUUUGAUGCUGGGGAAGGUGGUGAAGGCAGUAAGGAACCACAAGUUGAUGUUACGGAUACUGAUGUGGCUGUGUCCCAAAAUGUUCAACCUGUAAGCAAUAGUUUCACUCCAUUUAGUUAUGAUGAAGGAGAUGAUGAUCCACCUGAAGAUAAACCUGUUUCACUAAAGAGAAGCCACGAAAUUGAUGAAGACGAAAUCGCAGCUGAGAAAAUACAGUCCACGUUCCAGAUUAUGGGUUUCAGUAUAAAACCUGGUGAAAUGCCGAAGGGACAACUUGUGUAUCGGAGGAGAUUGACCAAACUGCGGCCCCCACGGUCGAGGAAGUUUGGCGUCGCCAGGAAGACGUACUUUGAUGAUGAGGGGAAUCCUUACCAGUCUCAAGAAUCCAACGAGGAGCGGGAAAUGCAAACAGACGAGGAAGUUCUAAACAAAUCAUUUGACACAAACCAAAAAUCUGACGAGACUACCUCCAGUUUCGAUGUUCUGAACAGAAGUGAUGAUACAAUUGAAGAUAACAUAUCAGUGGAGGCUGCCAAUGUGGACCUGCCCCCUGAAACUUUGAGUGAUGGAGCUGAUGAGCAGACGGAGAAUGCUGUAGAAUGUACAGUCCCUGUGCCGGUGGAGUGGAAGCGCAGACGCCGCAACAAGCGGCACGCGAGAGCCGCGGAGGUCUCGGAGAUGCCGGACGAGCUGAAGGACGAUCCCAAAAUGUACAAGUAUUGGAAGAAGAGGCACUCGCUCUUCUAUAGGUUCGAUGAAGGUAUAAAGCUAGACCGUGAAAGUUGGUUCAGUGUGACGCCGGAGAAUGUCGCGUCUCACAUCGCGGAGAAAUGUUCUUAUGACGUCGUAUUGGACGCCUUCUGUGGCGCCGGCGGGAAUACUAUACAAUUCGCGCGGACUUGCAAGAAAGUGAUAGCAAUGGACAUAGACCCGGUGAAGAUAGAGAUGGCGCGUCACAACGCUCGCGUGUACGGCGUGGACAACAUAGAAUUUAUAGUGGGGGACUACUUCCGGCUGGCGGCGGACGCCACAGCCGACAUGGUCUUCCUCAGCCCGCCGUGGGGCGGGCCGACAUACAAACAGAAUUCGGAAUAUAAUAUAGAAACAAUGCUCCAACCGAAACCAGCGUCUGAGCUGAUGGCUGUGACGAGGAAAAUUACGUCGAACAUAGCUCUGUACCUGCCCAGGAACACGAGGACUGAUCAGUUACUUGCCUUGGCGAAAAACAUCGGUGGAUCGAUAGAAAUCGAGCAGAGUUAUUUAGACAGGAGAUUUGUAGCCAUCACUGCUUACUUUUACGACUGAAGAGUUAUUUCCAUUUUUUUUUGUGAAUAUUUUCAUAACUUAUAACCUGUCUUUAAAAAUAUAUAAAAGCAAUUUAAAUGUUAAUCAUAUAUUGUGGGGAAGGGAUUCAUAACUUAAUGUGAACCAUAGACAAAUAUGUAUAUCUAAUUAUACUAUUUCUAAUUAAAUAUAAAAACCAGUAAUAUCACUUUAAUCAAUUAAAAUUUUUUUAUCAAUUUAAUCAAAAUUUUUAGUUUUGAUAUGAUUGCUAUGUUGCAGAAAGAGCGGUAUUUAUUUAUAAAAGUCAAAUAUUACUAGAUUGUCAUCGCGGCAAAGAAACUCUUUAUCGUGUUCAGUAUAAGAAGCUAGGCAGAUAAUUAUUUUAUCCGAAUUUAUAAAUAUGUUUUCUCAAAUCUUGAUUCUCAAAUUAUAAUUGUGAUAAUAGUUACUUACACAAAGGUCAUUGUGGUAAUAUGUGUCAGUGGUAUUAUUAAAUCUAAGUGUUAUAUAUAUAUAUAUAUAUAUAUAUAUAUAUUACUAGUAACAGGCAAUCCGAUUUAAUCGUAGACAGAGAAAUCUAGAAUCAUCUGAGAAUAUCUUUCGUUUCGCUCAUACAAAAAAGAAAUACACGAGAUAAAACGGGACAAAGCGCUAUCGUGUGUCCUGCUUUAGAACACCUAUCUUGUCGUUUUGUAUGAAAUAUGCUGAAUAUUAUAUGGAAAUGUUCUGUUUCCUUUGUUUACGCCAGUUCGUUAUCUUUGUCCAAUUUCAACCGAUAGAAAGGAAAAGGAAGGCCGUGUUCUUUCUCUUUCUUGUACUUCCUGCAUCUCUUUCUGCAGGUUAAUCCGCUAAAUCGCAAGUAUGUUAAUAGAAUAACUGUUGAAAUGAAAUACAGUAAAUAUAGGUGUGAUGGAAUGUAAAUUAGGAAAUAAUUACUUACCUGAUUAUAACCAGAGGGCGAAAUGCGAGUUUGCAUUUUCUUCUCUUCUCACUAUCAAAUCUAUUUAACGUGCAGCGAACCAAUCACACGGUCUCACUGCGAAUCGACUCGAUGUUGAGAUGUAAAUAGCAAAGUCGCACUACGUACACAGAUUAUUUAUAAACACUGGGUGGGUUUGUCUUAAUGAUAUAAAUUCAUUUAAGAUUGUUCUUCUAAACACUUUUCAAUUUGAAACUUAUGAUUUUAAUGCAUUGUACGUAUGAGCAUAUUUUCAUUUUUAUUUUUUCUAUGUAAGUAAAACUGAUAUAUUUUAAGAAUCGCGCAAAUGUUAUUUUAAGACUAAAUGGAAAUAAAUGUAAGUAAUACAUUUCUUUACACAUAUUUUGAUUUUUGGUCAAUUGUGUUACUAAUAUUAUUAUUGCUGUGAUCUCUUUUUUAGUCAACCUAUUAAUUUUUUCCAAACUUCAUACAUAACAUUAAACUAUAGAAAAAAAUUGAAAGCAGCUUUUUAGAGCUAGCACAGAAAAUUUGGUAUUUUUUGCCUUAUUUUUUCAUCAGUGUGAUUUUCUGAUUUAGAUUUUGUAAUUAAAUACAGUAUGUAAGAGUAACACACAAAAUAAAUAAAUGCGCUGGGUCCUCUUGGCUGGCAACACUGGGUUUUUAUCAACCAAUCUUGAUCACUCAUUACACUUGGUAUUGCAAUGGCAAAAAUUGUAGUUUGUUAAAAGUCAGUUUUCUGCUCUUCAUAGACAGACUAUUUAAAUAAAAUUAUUUUUCAGUUAACAAAACUACAAAAUAUAAUACUCUUGAACGAACCAAAGAAACCUUGCAGCUUAAAAAAAAACCUACUUAUUGUUGGUAUUUUUAUAUAGCCAGGUAUUUAAAGAAUCAUCACUACUUGAUAGCCAUAUUCGUAAGUCAAGUUAGAUGCCUUUAUACGACUUUAAUAAAACUCACAGCAGUAUUAGCAAUAACACACUUGAUAGAAUGGGAAGUAAAUUAUCAAAUUCAAAAUUAAAUCACUUAAGAAUAUGUACACAUUUUGUUGUAUAAUGAAUGCCUGUGUGUGUAAAUGAUUGAAUAAAAAUAUUGUCACUUUGUCCAGCCUGUGAAAAAGGAGUCAAGUUUAUUAUUAUUUUAAGAAGGGAUAUUCUUACAUUUAUUUCAACCAUAUAUACACAGUGUGAAAACGUAGGUCUUGACUCUAUCAAUGUUGUGAUCUUUGUAAAUAUCUGUUGAUGAAAAUAAAGUAUGGAAAUUUU